CUUGUUUAUAUACAUAUAUGUAGAGUUAUUAAGAUCGUCUUUGAAUAUAUAUUUUUGUAUUAGUGUAGUUGUACAAUCAGUAGCUUACUUCACCUUGUUUACAAUCGACGGUUUCAACGUUUGAAUGAAAUAAAAUAUUGUGAAAUAAAUUGACAAAAAUAACAAUAAAUAUGUCUUUAAAAACCAAACGUAUGCAAAAAAUUUUGGAUCCUAUUGAAAUACAAAUAAAUAAUUUGAAGCAUUCGAUAGGGAAUAGCAAAGCUGGAACAUCCGAUGUUUUAAAUAUAAAAUCAGUUUUUUGUGAUCAGUUACGUAUUUUAGCUGAAAAAUUUGAAAACUUAUCCAAAGAUGAUAUCACUGAUUAUCAAGAAAUGAAAACAAAAAUUGCUGAUACGGUUGAGGAAUUUUGUUUAUCAAAUGAAUUUGUCGCUAAUGAAUUGGUAGAAAACAUUAAUAGUCAUACGAGCAAAGAUGCAAUAGGAACAUUAUUGGAAAAGUUUACAAUGGCUUUAAAAGCUCUCGAAAAUCUUGAGUGUUUACCACUGAAACAAAGACUUCAAGAUUAUUUUGAUUAUGUUAAAGAAAUGGGUACUGUUAAUGAAAUUGAAGAUUUUCAAAACAUAAAGGAACUAGGUACUUCUAUAUUAGAAAUACUUGGACCAUUACAAAAAUACAGAAAAAAUUUAAUUUCAAAUUUGCUAUCAGAAAGAAUAGCAUUAUACACCUUUCAGAUACAUACAACGUUUAGUAUGUUAGUACAGCUGAUUCAGGAGCAACAUCAAUUAAAUGCAUCAAUUUACAAUUGCAAGAAAUAUAUAUGCGAAAGAAUGUGUCUUUGUUUCAAAUUAAUACUCGAAGUUCUGGAUGCACCAAAUCCAUCUUCAGAAGACGAAACUAUAGAAAAAGAAAAUCAUUUUGUUUAUAGAAUGGAUUUGGUACUUGAUAUUAUAGCUGAAAUGUCAACAAAAACUCAAGAACAACAAGUCCUAGAAUGUACAGAAUUGUGGUGGGGUAUAGAGGAUAUAUUUUCACAUGCAAUGUCAAUUGCACAAUUGUGUCAACCCCAAAAUUUUGAAGCAAUAUCAGCAGCUUGUCAAUCGAUAAUGGGAGAAUACGAAAAUUUAAAAUCACAACUCUGUUCUGAAACUCCAGAUCCUAGCGUUAACAAUCUCUUUAUGAAUACUUUGAACGACGCAUUAUAUCGCUUAGAACGCAAAGUCAAUAUUUCAGUGUUAAUGCUUGUUAUGGAAGUAUUUAGUGAUUCUUUCAAUGCUUUAAGAAAACUUGUUAUGACAUGUGGAAGUUCAUUGACUGCAAAGAAAAGAUCUAAAAGCGAUUUACAUAGUGCUAUAGAAGAUUUUGAUCAGCUUACGGAUAAAGCUAUGCAAAUUGGAAUAUUUGCCAAUGCAUGUUGCAGAGAUGUAGAGCGUGUCAAUAAAAUUCGAAAUUGUUUGGCUGGUCUUGAAUCAUUAGAAAAUGAAUUAAUUGCCGCUAUUACUGCGUUCUAUCUUCAUCCAGACAACAAAGAAUUGCGUGCGAGUGUAAAACUUUUAACUUCUCAAUGGCAAUUAGAGAUGAAUAAAUUGCAUAAUACUGUAAAUCUAAUUAUUGAUUCUGCUGCUUAUUGUCAGGUAGUUUUAGACGAUCUUCAAGAGCGUAUACGUAUUAUGUCUGAUUGUUUCGACAAUAGAGAAGCUGUAACUCAACAACAAGUGCAAGGCAUUGUUUUACGAGCAGUUUCAUUGUCUAGUCAAUUAACUAUAACUGUAAAUGACAUUGGAAGUGAUAAUAUUGAUAGACAAACGAUCAUGAUGAUUAGAGAACUAAAAGCAGCUAUAUUCGAAACCGAUGCAAGUGCAAAAAAGCUUCUUGUAGAAAAUGCAACCGAACCGCAACAACUGCGAGUUAUUAAAAGAUGUGAACUGAUAUUGAAUGUAAUAAAACGAUUACAGCCUGCUUUAGUCACUGUUAUGAAUAAUUCAAUAUUAAUAAGUACUAAUUAUGGCAAAGCAAGCAUGGGACAAGGAGAUAUGCUUCAUGAUUCCAGUCUAAAUUAUCCUUCUACAGUAUACGGCUUGCCACAAGAUGAAAAAACCUUAACUUAUAUCAGGACACCAUACACAGUGCAAAAUUAUAAACCACCGUUAUCAAUACAACCAGCUAAUAGUGUACCUAGGACUCAAGCAGAUUUAUCUUCUUUAAUUCCAUACAUAAAAGCUGGACGUAUCAUACGUAUGGAACAAACUAUAAUGUAUAAAACACCACAAAAAAUUAUAAAAGAUACCGAAGAGCAUCACAUGCAAAAAAAAGUAAAAUCUAGAAAUUUGUUUAACAUUAGGCAACAUUUAUUUAGUAGAGAAAGUUUCACGCCACAAAGUGAAAUUAAUUUUUCCUCUGAAACAAUAGAUUUAACAGACAUAUUAGAAAAAGUAACAAAAUUAUCUGAAACAUUAACUUCAUCGUUAUCGAUUUCAUGUAAUACAAAAUUGCAAUAUAUUAAUUUGCCAGACGAAGGGAAAAUUAGAAACUUGUCGGAUGAGUUGUGCAAUAUUAGAGUUUCAACAAUUAAAUCUUUCAAAGAUUUAAACAAAACUGCUGUGAAAGAAAAAUUAGAAGAAUCAUCUAUAAUUGGUGGUGGCGAUGCCCCGUCGAUCGAAACAGAAAAAUAUGAAGAUGUACAACGAUUAGACAAAAAAAUGGAGAUUUUACAAAAACAAGUACUAAAAGAUUCAAGAGAAUAACAUUAAAUAAUUAAAAUGACAAAUGGUGCAACUAUA